ACCCGGUUUCUAAGAUUUGGUCCGCCAGACUGCCACUCUGCUCCUCCUCCAUGAUUCCAGCCUCCUCCUCCGCCUCGACGCUGCUACAAUGCCUGCGCAUCCAAAAGUACACCCACUAAGCAUAAGAAUACCAUAAAGGGACCAUCUUUACAAUCUUUAGAAGAUGGGUUUGAGAUAUUUGGAGCUUUGGCACCAUCGUAAGCUAAUCUUGGAUAGCAUGAUUGGAUGCUACAGAUGUUACAGCUCGAAGGCGAAAGUGGUGGAUUUGAAGAAGUUAAGGCCAAUGAUUCUGAAGCGAAUUGAGAAUCGGGCCAAAGAUUAUCCAGUCAAAGCUAUGGUUCCUGUUGCCAACGAGGUCCUCAAGGCCCGAACAACCCUCUACCGAGGCGUUUCCAUCCUUCUCCAGAGAGUUCCCGUUUGGGCGUGCAAGUACUGUCAAGAAGUAUUUAUUGGAGAAAGUGGUCAUGAGAUUCGAACUUGUGGUGGUUUUAGGCGUCGCCCUAAGGUUCAUGUUCAUGAGUGGACUAGUGGGAGCUUGAACAACAUAUUAGUCCCAGUAGAGGCAUUUCAUCUGAAAUACAUGUUUCAGAAUGUGAUUGAACAUAAUCAAAGAUUUGAUUUUGAUCGUAUCCCAGCAGUUUUGGAGUUGUGCUGGCAGGCGGGAGCUUAUGUAAAUGAUAAAAUGCUAGACUUGAAUAGUUAUAGUCAGGACGAUAUUCUUGGUGCUGUUGCUGGAGCUGAGUCACUAUCAGAUAAGGAGAUGAUGCUUGUAGCGAACGCAACACUGAAGGCUUGGGAGACAGUUAGGUCUGGAGUAGAGAAGCUGUUGUUGGUUUAUCCUACGAAGGUCUGUGAACACUGUUCUGAAGUUCAUGUCGGGCCAUCAGGCCAUAAGGCUCGCCUUUGUGGUGUGUUUAAAUAUGAGGGUUGGCGCGGGAAACACUUUUGGAGAAAGGCAAGGGUAGAUGAUUUGGUUCGACCAAACAUAGUAUGGUAUCGACGCCUUCAAGAUCCGGCAGUACUUAAGAAUGAAGGCCGGGACUACUACGGUCAUGCUCCUGCUGUCGUGGAUUUAUGUACAAAAGCUGGUGCUGUUGCACCAUCAAAGUACCAUUGUAUGAUGAAAAUGGAGGGCUUAACAGCUCCGUCUUGAUUCAAACUUCUGGCAUCCUCUGCCUUUCUUAUCGAUGGAGUCAGUUUUUGCAACCCUAAUUUGAUUAUUCCAGGAUGUAGAGCUGGUAGUCUGCUCUCUGCUAGUUACUCAUCAAGUUGCCAAUUGCCAUCAGCUCUCCAAGCCAGUCGGGAUUAAUCUGGAUACAGUUGACCUCACAGUGGUGUUCUUGUCAUUUUGGGAAAAGAAGGACUCUAGCAUUAGAAUUGAAGCUGUGCCAAUACUUUUUGCCAAACUUCAUUGUUAGUGAAUUUCGUGUGAACUCUACAGGCUGGGCCAUGAGGAUGGGCUCUGACAAUCCUCCUCAGAAUCUUUCAAGUUUUGACUACUAAAUAUUAUUGGCAAAAGCUGUGAUUUUACCGGAUUGUACUCCUGCAGAAAAGAGUGAAUCAACUGGUGAGGCAAUUUCAUGGAACUUUAGAUUGUGGAUUCUGAAAUUAUGGCCAUAUCGUAAAUGCAAAGUGAUAGCAUGACUUCCAAUAUCCAGUACAUGUAUCUCACAGGAUCUCGAGGAUUUGGCUGAAACUUGUUAAUGUUUCUUCUGGAUAGAUUGUUCUGAAAGACAAUAGUGCUGCUUUGCAUGUCCCAUUAA